GGAACGUAACGUGUGGUUGCGCUUUAGAAGUUGAUCCCUGGGCUGGGUUUCAGUUAAAAAAUAUGCUUCCUCCCCUCUGCCCUGCUUCAUUCGCCUUCAGAUCUGAGACCACUGGAUGAAUGUAAGCAAAAUGUAAACAUUAUUUCUACAAUUUGCUUUCAACAGACGCCCCAGAUGUGCGAGGGGGACUGAACAAAUGGCACAGGGGAGGGAGCGACUCAUAUUUGAUAUGAAACGCAGCCUUGGUUGCUACAGGUGAAAUGUUGUUUACAUCCGGGUUGUUUCGGACGAAAACAACACACAACAAGCGGAGAAGCAGCCAACUCUGUGUAGUGUAGUUGCUAAGCCGAUUUGACACUACGAUGGCAGGGGAGACAGAAGACGAGAUACCUGGUAAGACAGCUAGCUAUAUAGCUAACGUUAGCUAGUUACAUUAUUCGCCCGUUUGCAAACGUUUCGGGAUGAAUAUGAAAUAUAUCGCUUGCUAACGGUAGCUAGUGUGCUAGCAAACGUAAACUAGCACGCUGCAUAAGCAAAGUAGCCAGCCAAGAUAGCACUAGUGAAAAUGAGCUAACAAGCUGUCAACAAGUGACAGCCUCCAUGUGCGCCGUUGUUUACGUGUGUCCUGAAGAAUAAUGUCACAGACAAAAGGGAAAAGUAUAUUUGAUAAUGUGGUUAACAGGUAGCUAACUAGCUAAAUUAGCUUUUGGUGCUGUAUUAUGGUUUUCACUAGAUUGGAUACAGUUUAUGUCAGAGUAGACUUUUAGUAGGUGGUUAGGAGAAUUGGGUUAAAGGCCCAGUGCAGUCAACGUGAUUUCCCUGUUUUUUAAAUAUAUAUAUUUCCACACCAUGAGGUUGCAAUUAUACUGUGAAAUUGUGGAAAUUAUGAUGAUGUCAUUUUAGUUCAAGAGCUGUUUGAAAAUGUCCACCUGAAAUUUCAGCCUGUUUUGGUGGGAUGGAGUUUGGGGGUAAAUUAGUUAAUAGACCAAUAAGGAAGAGAGUUCCACAUCUCUGCCAAUAACAGCUAGUUUUCAGUUUUCCCCUCCCCACUCAGACCACGCCGAAAGUCCUAGUAAAAUUAUUGUUUGAGAAAUUGCACUUUGCUAGUAUUUGUUAACUAUAACUGUUUAUUUUUGACCAUUUUAUUUGAAAACAACCACAGUAAGGUACUUCAUUGUUACCCAAAAAUUAUUUGAUAUUGAGAUGAAAAAAAGAAAAAAAAAGUCUGAAUUGAACCUUUUGUAAGGUUGGGUUAGCUAAAAUGCAACUUUUGACGUCAAUUUGUAUCCCAUCUAGCCAUCACUGUGUAUUAUUAGCCGGCUAGCUAGCUAUUUGAGAUGUGAUCGUUGUUGUUUGUGUUCUAACAGAAACGGGAGCAGUCUUCACCUUUGGAAAAAGCAAAUUUGCAGAUAACGUCCCCAGUAAAUUUUGGCUGAAAAAUGAUGUACCACUGAACAUCUCCUGUGGGGAUGAGCACACGGCAUUGAUAACAGGUCAGUGACUGAUGACGUUUUCAAAUUGAUAGUAGUGAUCAGAGCCAUAUGACAAUAGGCCUGCAAUUCGGAAGAACAUCUGAAAUAAGAUACAUUUAUUUUGCUAACACACUCUAUCACACAUUUCAAGUCCAUUUUUAAGCAAAUGAAAUGCUGCUCACCUGCAGCUGCUAUUAUAAUAUUCAUGUCCCUGUUCCUGUAGCUUCCUCAAGUGAUGUUAUUUAUUUAUUUUUCAACAGAGAAUGGCAAGCUUUUCAUGUUUGGCAGUAAUAACUGGGGUCAGCUGGGUUUGGGAUCAAAGACCAUGGUGAACAAGCCCACUUGUGUGAAAGGUUGGUCUAAAUUGCUCUCUCUUUUGUAUGGUUCAAAAGCAGUGCUCUCUUGUAUUGCUGGCAUACACAGCUGCUUAUCUCCCCUUGAAUGUACUAGACAAGAGGGAGCAGGGAGGGUGGGAAACAGACAAUAUAGCCACUAAAAUCAAAUGUCCCAAUGUCUGUGGCUUAAACUAAGUGUCGAUGCUGUUGUUUAAAAAAAAUGUGAACGGGUAUACUAGUAGCAGGAGACAAAGACAGAGAUUUGUCACUGCUGUAACCCCAAUCUGGAGGGGUCUGUAAUCUGUAAUAAUCUAAUCUCCCGAGCAGGAGGGCAGCAGAGGAGAGAGAGAGCGAGGGAUGGCCUGCUAUUGUGGUUGACUGCAAUCUGAAAACGACUGUCUUUCUCCUUCUUGUCUUUCUCUAAGCUUUGAAGUCUGAAAAGGUGCGGCUUGCAGCCUGCGGAAGAAAUCACACUACAGUUUACACGUGUAAGUACACAGUUAUGACCACAGGUACAGUAUAAAUGAUGACGGGUACCAAAGUAUGAUCCAAUUACUAGGUGAAAGUUGACUCUUUGUGUCUUGCAAGGUGUAGGCCUUUUACCAAGUUUGUGAUCAAUUCAUUUUAAAGGUCCAAUAGAGCUGUUUUUAUCGCAAUAUCAAAUCAUUUCUGGGUAACAUAAGUACCUUACUGUGAUUGUUUUCAAUUAAAAUGGUGAAAAAUAAGAAUUAAAAAAUAGCUUCUUAGCAAGAAUUUUGCUAGGACUGUAGACUUUAUUGGCAGAGAGGUUUGGAACUCUCUUUCUUAUUGGUCUAUUAAUGAACUCAUUUACCACCUGGUGAUGUCACCAGGCAGGCCAAAACUCCAUCCCACCACAACAGGCAGACAUUUCAGGCGGUCUUUUCAAACAGCACUUACACUAAAAGGGCAUUAUCAUAAUUUUCACAAUUUCAUAGUAUUAUUCCAACCUCAGUGUGGAAAUAUAUACAGCUGUGUGUGUGUGUGUGGUGUGUGUGUGUAUAUACCCCUGAAAUAUAAAGAAAAACCCUUGAAUGAGUAGGUGUGUUCUAUAGUUUGGACACACCUACUCAUUCGAGGGUUUUUCUUUAUAUUUACUAUUUUCAACAUUGUAGAAUAAUAGCGAAGACAUCAAAACUAUGAAAUAACACAUAUGGAAUCAUGUAGUAACCAAAAAAGUGUUAAACAAUUUUUUUAUAAUUGAGAUUCUUCAAAUAGCCACCAUUUGCCUUGAUGACAGCUUUGCACACUCUUGGCAUUCUCUCAACCAGCUUCACCUGGAAUGCUUUUCCAACAGUCUUGAAGGAGUUCCCACAUAUGCUGAGCACUUGUUGGCUGCUUUUCCUUCACUCUGAAAUCCGACUCAUCCCAAACCAUCUCAAUUGGGUUGAGGUCGGGGGAUUGUGGAGGCCAGGUCAUCUGAUGCAGAACUCGAUCACUCUCCUUCUUGGUAAAAUAGCCCUUACACAGCCUGGAGUUGUGUUGGGUCAUUGUCCUGUUGAAAAACUAAUGAAAGACCCACUAAGCCCAGACCAGAUGGGAUGGCAUAUCGCUGCAGAAUGCUGUGGUAGCCAUGCUGGUUAAGUGUGCCUUGAAUUCUAAAUAAAUCACAGACAGUGUCACCAGCAAAGCACCCCCACACCAUAACACCUCCUCCUCCAUGCUUUACGGUGGGAACUACACAUGCGGAGAUCAUCCGUUCACCCACACCGCGUCUCACAAAGACACGGCUGUUGGAACCAAAAAUCUUCAAUUUGGAGAUAGUAGUGGUUUCUUUGCAGCAAUUCGAUCAUGAAGGCCUGAUUCACACAGUCCCCUCUGAACAGUUGAUGUUGAUGUGUCUGUGACUUGAACUCUGUGAAGCAUUUAUUUGGGCUGCAAUUUCUGAGGCUGGUAACUCUAAUGAACUUAUCCUCUGCAGCAAAGGUAACUCUGGGUCUUCCAUUCCUGUGGCGGUCAUCAUGAGAGCCAGUUUCAUCAUAGCGCUUGAUGGUUUUUGCAACUGCACUUGAAGAAACUUUGCGUUAAGAAGGAAAGAAAUUCCACAAAUUAACAAGGCACACCUGUUAAUUGAAAUGAAUUCCUGGUGACUACGUCAUUAAGCUAGUUGAGAGAAUGCCAAGAGUGUGCAAAGCUGUCAUCAAGGCAAAGAGUGGCUAUUUAAAGAAUCUCAAAUAUAUUUAGAUUUGUUUAACACUUUUUUUGGUUACUACAUGAUUCCAUAUUUACAUUUGACAUUUUAGUCAUUUAGCAGACGCUCUUAUCGAGAGCGACUUACAGUUAGUGAGUGCAUACAUUUUUCAUACUGGCCCCCCGUGGGAAUCGAACCCACAACCCUGGCGUUGCAAACGCCAUGCUACACGGGAUAUGUGUUAUUUCAUAGUUUUGAUGUCUUCACUAUUAUUCAACUAUGUAAAAAAACUGUAAAAAUAAAGAAAUAAUGUGUAGGUGUGUCCAAACUUUUGACUUGUAGUGUGAUUUAUAUAUAUAUAAAAAUAUAUAUAGAGAGAGAAAUAAACGUUUUUGACUGCACUGGGCCUUUAACUUUUAUAUUGUAAUCCUUGUUGUAGUAGAACUGAGAGUGAUUAAUGUGUGUCUUGUCCACAGCUCAGGGAAACGUGUACUCUACCGGUGGAAACAACGAAGGUCAGCUAGGUCUGGGAGACUGUGAGGAGAGGACAGCCUUCCAAUUGGUGGACUUCUUUAGUUCACAUGGACCAAUCAAAAUGCUUGCUGCCGGCUCCAACACCUCUGCUGCCCUCACAGGUAAGACUUUCCCAUUGUACAGUGAGGGAAAAAAGUAUUUGAUCCCCUGCUGAGUUUGACGUUUGCCCACUGACAAAGAAAUUAUCAGUCUAUAAUUUUAAUGGUAUUUAUUUGAACCGUGAGAGACAGAAUCACAACAAAAAAAUCCAGAAAAACGUAUGUCAAAAAUGUUAUAAAUUGAUUAGCAUUUUAAUGAGGGAAAUAAGUAUUUGACCCCCUCUCAAUCAGAAAGAUUUCUGUCUCCCAGGUGUCUUUUAUACAGGUAACGAACUGAGAUUAGGAGCACAUUCUUAAAGGGAGUGCUCCUAAUCUCAGCUUGUUACCUGUAUAAAAGACACCUGUCCACAGAAUCAAUCAAUCAGUUUCCAAACUCUCCACCAUGGCGAAGACCAAAGAGCUCUCCAAGGAUGUCAGGGACAAGAUUGUAGACCUACACAAGGCUAGAAUGGGCUACAAGACAAUCGGCAAGCAGCUUGGUGAGAAGGUGACAACCAUUGGUGCGAUUAUUCGCACAUGGAAGAAACACAAAAUAACUGUCAAUCUCCCUCGGCCAGGGGCUCCAUGCACGAUCUCACCUCGUGGAGUUGCAAUGAUCAUGAGAACGGUGAGGAAUCAGCCCAGAACUACACAGGAGGAUCUUGUCAAUGAUCUCAAGGCAGCUGGGACCAUAGUCACCAAGAAAACAAUUGGUAACACACUACGCUGUGAAGGACUGAAAUCCUGCAGCGACCGCAAGGUCCCCCUGCUCAAGAAAGCACAUAUACAGGCAGGUCUGAAGUUUGCCAAUGAACAUCUGAAUGAUUCAGAGGAGAACUGGGUGAAAGUGUUGUGGUCAGAUGAGACCAAAAUCGAGCUCUUUGGCAUCAACUCAACCCGCCGUGUUUGGAGGAGGAGGAAUGCUGCCUAUGACCCCAAGAACACCAUCCCCACCGUCAAACAUGGAGGUGGAAACAUUAUGCUUUGGGGGUGUUUUUCUGCUAAGGGGAUAGGACAAUUCACCAUAUCAAAGGGACGAUGGACGGGGCCAUGUACCGUCAAAUCUUGGGUGAGAACCUCCUUCCCUCAGCCAGGGCAUUGAAAAUGGAUCGUUGAUGGGUAUUCCAGCAUGACAAUGACCCAAAACACACGGCCAAGGCAACAAAGGAGUGGCUCAAGAAGAAGCACAUUAAGGUCCUGGAGUGGCCUAGCCAGUCUCCAGACCUUAAUCCCAUAGAAAAUCUGUGGAGGGAGCUGAAGGUUCGAGUUGCCAAACGUCAGCUUCGAAACCUUAAUGACUUGGAGAAGAUCUGCAAAGAGGAGUGGGACAAAAUCCCUCCUAAGAUGUGUGCAAACCUGGUGGCCAACUACAAGAAAUUUCUGACCUCUGUGAUUUCCAACAAGGGUUUUGCCACCAAGUACUAAGUCAUGUUUUGCAGAGGGGUCAAAUACUUAUUUCCCUCAUUAAAAUGUAAAUCGAUUUAUAACAUAUUUUUGACAUGCGUUUUUCUGGAUUUUUUUGUUGUUAUUCUGUCUCUCACUGUUCAAAUAAACCUACCAUUAAAAUUAUAGACUGAUCAUGUCUUUGUCAGUGGGCAAACGUACAAAAUCAGCAGGGGAUCAAAUACUUUUUUUCCCUCACUGUAAGUCACAACCUCUGAGUUACAACUAUGAGUGUGUUCUGGUUCAUAUUGAUGACAAGUGAUUUCAAUUUUUUACUGAUGACCAUCGAAUAAAACAACAGUUGCACUUCUUUACUAUCGACUGUCUGUAUUUCUGUUGCUCCUCCUCACCUGGUUUUUGCUGGAACUAAUCACUGUGAUGAUGUCCUUGUUCUAGAGAGUGGGAAGCUGUUCAUGUGGGGUGACAACACCGAGGGUCAGAUCGGCCUGGGGAAGGAGAGCAGUGCCCUGACCCCCCAGGAGGUCACUGUGGGUCGGCCAGUGGCCUGGGUGUCCUGUGGGUACUACCACUCUGCCUUGGUCACUGGUGAGAGGACAAUGACAUAGCCUACUUCAGCACUGUCAACAUGGCAUGUCACAUGAUUCCACAACUUUGUGGGAAUAGGGAGUUAACCCAUCGUGUUUGAAGAGGUUUUCUUGGGUUGGUAGAAUAAUGUCUAGGUAUAGAUGUAAGAAUAGGUAAAUAUGUUAAUGCAAUUAAUCAACAGGGAAUCUAUUUUGUCACAGUUGACGGGGGCCUGUACACGUUUGGGGAGCGCGACAGCGGCAAACUGGGCCUGGCCACGGGUCAGCUGGAUGGACACCGUGUGCCCCAGCUGGUGAAGGGCAUCACAGACCGGGUGACCCAGGUGGCAUGUGGAGGCGGGCACACCGUGGCUGUGACAGGUAGGCAGCUUGGUGUCAACCAGUGGACAGUUGACUCUCACAAGGCUGUGGCUUCCAGCAAAUCCCAUGAACAAGUUUUGGUCCCACUUUGAAAGUGUCCUUAAAAUGCACGUAUUUAUCCAAAUAGUGAAGUUAGGUACUGUAAAGUAUACAUGCACAUUGUUAUAAUUUAAUGUUGUACCUGUUUGUGGUUGUGCACUACUUUGUUUUAUAUGCAUAAAGAAACAGUCUGGGGUUUUUCUCUAUGGCACAAAGCAUCAGGAGAUGGUGUGUUAACCAUGUAGCGCUGUGUUUGAUUUGACUCUAUUUUGUUUAUAUAUUUUUUAUUUUAUUUAACUAGGCAAGUCAGUUAAGAACAAAUGUUUAUUUACAAUAUCUGCCUACCGGUCUGAUUUGGCUCUAGAUGAGGACCUGUACACCUUUGGCCUGGGUCAGUUUGGUCAGCUGGGCCAGGGGACCUGUAUCUUUGAGGCGAGGCUACCCAGAGCGGUGGAUCACUUCAGGAAGGGACGAGUACGACAGGUGAUGUGUGGGGAGAACCACACUGCUGUCAUCACAGGUAAACAGGCCUAGCGGACCCAAUCCCCCCCCCCCCCCCCCCCCCAAACAGUUAUAAUUCAGAAAACGUUACAAAGACAUUGUCAAUGUGCUAACUUUUAUACAACAGUGGUGCUAGCAUUUUAUAAAUAACCUCUAUUGCCAUUUGCCAUGAUAACAUUGCUUGCUUCUGUUAAGUUGAUUGACAUGUGGUUGUCAUGGUUUCAGACAGUGGUCUUCUCUAUACCUUUGGGGACGGGAGACAUGGGAAGCUGGGUCUGGGAGAGGAGAACUUCACCAAUCAAUUCAAGCCCACUCUGUGUCCACGCUUCCUCAAGUACAAUGUCCAAGCAGUAUGUACCUCAUGUUUUCAACUGAUGGCUGAAUUGUAACUUGAGAAUUUCCCUUUGACAUCAUUGCAUGGCUGAUGUCACAUUUAAAGUUCUGCACAUUUAUCUCAAGUUUAGAUUUUUCCCUGAAAGCAUAACAAAGUGAGGAUAGUUGGACGUUUAGUCUUCUCGUAUCCAUUUGUCUAGUGCAGGAUUGAGGUCAAUUUCAUUUUGUCCGUGUUCCAGGUGACAUGUGGAGGUUGUCACAUGCUGGUUCUAGCCAAGCCCAGAAACAAGAGCUGUCAGGAGGUGACUCUGGAGGAGGAUGAUGUCACAGAGGACUACCUGGAGAAGUCCUACACAGAGCUCCUAGGGGACACCCUCAACUCCACCCCUGCUACCCUGAACCGUAGCCUCUCUGCCCGGGUCAGGAGGAGAGAGAGGGUGGGUACUGGGUACUGGCCUGGGGAUCCACACAUGUAAAGGUGGGAGUGUUGGGAGUCUCAACAUCCAGUCCCUGAACCGCCACAGGUCCCUGGGAUGUUGCUAUUGAGUCAGUACUUAAGUGUGUUAAUGUAAGUGGCCUGGUUCUCUAAGGAGAUCCCUAACUAGACAUUCUACACCUUCUAGCACUGUCAACAUGGGGCCUAAUCAUGGGUCUAACAAGUAGUGGAUAUAAGUAACAACAUGGGGCCUAAUCAUGGGCCUAACAAGUAGUGGAUAUAAGUAACAACAUGGGGCCUAAUCAUGGGCCUAACAAGUAGUGGAUAUAAGUAACAACAUGGGGCCUAAUCAUGGGCCUAACAAGGAGUGGAUAUAAGUAACAACAUGGGGCCUAAUCAUGGGCCUAACAAGUAGUGGAUAUAAGUAACAACAUGGGGCCUAGUCAUGGGCCUAACAAGGAGUGGAUAUAAGUAACAACAUGGGGCCUAAUCAUGGGCCUAACAAGGAGUGGAUAUAAGUAACAACAUGGGGCCUAAUCAUGGGCCUAACAAGUAGUGGAUAUAAGUAACAACAUGGGGCCUAAUCAUGGGCCUAACAAGGAGUGGAUAUACAGUACCAGCAAAAGUUUGGACACACCUACUCAUUCCAGGGUCAUUCUUUAUUUGUACUAUUUUCUACAUUGUAGAAUAAUAGUGAAGACAUCAAAACUAUGAAAUAACCAAAAAAGUGUUAAACAAAUCAAAAUAUAUUUUAUAUUUGAGAUUCUUCAAAUAGCCACCCUUUGCCUUGGUGACAGCUUUGCACACUCUUGGCAUUAUCUCAACCAGCUUCAUGAGGUAGUCACCUGGAAUGCAUUUCAAUUAACAGGUGUGCCUUAAGUUAAUUUGUGGAAUUUCUUUCCUUCUUAAUGCGUUUGAGCCAAUCAGUUGUGUUGUGACAAGGUAGGGGGGUAUACAGAAGAUAGCCCUAUUUGGUAAAAGACCAAGUCCAUAUUAUGGCAAGAACAGCUCAAAUAAGCAAAGAGAAACGACAGUCUAUCAUUACUUUAAGAAAUGAAGGUCAGUCAAUACGGAACAUUUCAAGAACUUUGAAAGUUUUUUCAAGUGCAGUCGCAAAAACCAUCAAGCGCCAUGAUGAAACUGGCUCUAAUGAGGACCGCCACAGGAAAGGAACACCCAGAGUUACGUCUGCUGCAGAGGAUAAGUUCAUUAGACUUAACUGCACCUCAGAUUGCAGCCCAAAUAAAUGCUUCACAGAGUUCAAGUUAACAGACACAUCUCAACAUCAACUGUUCAGAGGAGACUGCGUGAAUCAGGCCUUCGUGGUCUGAUUAACUUGAACUUCAUUGCUGCAAAGAAACCACUACCAAAGGACACCAAUAAGAAGAAGAGACUUGCUUGGGUCAAGAAACACGAGCAAUGGACAUUAGACCGGUGGAAAUCCGUGCUUUGAGGCCAAAUUUGAGAUUUUUAGUUCCAACCGCCAUGUUUUUGUGAGACGCGGAGUAGGUGAACGGAUUAUCUCCGCAUGUGUGGUUCCCACCGUGAAGCAUGGAGGAGGAGGUGUGAGGGUGCUUUGCUGGUGACAUUGUCAGUGAUUUAUUUUGAAUUUAAGGCACACUUAACCAGCAUGGCUACCACAGCAUUCUACCGCGAAAUGCCAUCCCAUCUUGUUUGCGCUUAUUGGGACAAUAAUUUGUUUUUCAACAGGACAAUGACCCAACACACCUCCAGGCUAUGUAAGGGCUAUUUGACCAAGGAGAGUGAUGGAGUGCUGCAUCAGAUGACCUGGCCCCCACAAUCACCCGACCUCAACCCAUUUGUGAUGGUUUGGGAUGAGUUGGACAGCAGAGUGAAGGAAAAGCAGCCAACAAGUGCUCAGCAUAUGUGGGAACUCCUUCAAGACUGUUGGAAAAGCAUUCCAGGUGACUAUCUCAUGAAGCUGGUUGAGAGAAUGCUAAGAGUGUGCAAAACUGUCAUCAAGGCAAAGGGUGGCUACUUUGAAGAAUCUCAAAUAUAAAAUAUAUUUUGAUUUGUUUAACACUUUUUUGGUUACUACAUGAUUCCAUAUGGAUUAUUUCAUAGUUUUGAUGUCUUCACUAUUAUUCUACAAUGUAGAAAAUUGUAAAAAUAAAGAAAAACCCUUGAAUGAGUAGAUGUGUUCAAACGUUUGCCUGGUACUGUAAGUAAGCUAACUAACCCUGUGUUCUGUGUUUCAGGAGCGUUCCCCGGAGCAGUUUGGGCUCAUGUUCCGGACCCUGCCUCCCCUGACGUCCGGCUACCUCAAUACCUCCACACCCCUGCCUGUGUCCAGCCAGACCAUCCCCUCCAGCCUGCCCCCCAAGGAGCUAACCAACAGAAAGGUGCACAACGGCGUUCACCAACACAGGAGCACUGGGUCUAUCAAGAAGGGUAUAUACACUGAACUACAUUGCAUUACAUUGCAGGCAUAUCUGUUUUGAAUGUUGAACUAUUUAGAAAACACACAUAUUUGGGACUGAAGCGUUACAUUUACAACAGCUAGCAUGUUCCUUUUUUUAUUUAGCACAUCACACUGCAACUGUUCAACUGUUUCCUAACUUUCCUUGAGCCUAUACAGUGGGGGAAAAAAGUAUUUAGUCAGCCACCAAUUGUGCAAGUUCUCUCACUUAAAAAGAUGAGAGAGGCCUGUAAUUUUCAUCAUAGGUAAACGUCAACUAUGACAGACAAAAUGAGAUUUUUUUUCUCCAGAGAAUCACAUUUUAGGAUUUUUAAUGAAUUUAUUUGCAAAUUAUGGUGGAAAAUAAGUAUUUGGUCAAUAACAAAAGUUUCUCAAUACUUUGUUAUAUACCCUUUGUUGGCAAUGACACAGGUCAAACGUUUUCUGUAAGUCUUCACAAGGUUUUCACACACUGUUGCUGGUAUUUUGGCCCAUUCCUCCAUGCAGAUCGCCUCUAGAGCAGUGAUGUUUUGGGGCUGUCGCUGGGCAACACAGACUUUCAACUCCCUCCAAAGAUUUUCUAUGGGGUUGAGAUCUGGAGACUGGCUAGGCCACUCCAGGACCUUGAAAUGCUUCUUACGAAGCCACUCCUUCGUUGCCCGGGCGGUGUGUUUGGGAUCAUUGUCAUGCUGAAAGACCCAGCCACGUUUCAUCUUCAAUGCCCUUGCUGAUGGAAGGAGGUUUUCACUGAAAAUCUCACGAUACAUGGCCCCAUUCAUUCUUUCCUUUACACGGAUCAGUCGUCCUGGUCCCUUUGCAGAAAAACAGCCCCAAAGCAUGAUGUUUCCACCCCCAUGCUUCACAGUAGGUAUGGUGUUCUUUGGAUGCAACUCAGCAUUCUUUGUCCUCCAAACACGACGAGUUGAGUUUUUACCAAAAAGUUAUAUUUUGGUUUCAUCUGACCAUAUGACAUUCUCCCAAUCCUCUUCUGGAUCAUCCAAAUGCACUCUAGCAAACUUCAGACGGGCCUGGACAUGUACUGGCUUAAGCAGGGGGACACGUCUGGCACUGCAGGAUUUGAGUCCCUGGCGGCGUAGUGUGUUACUGAUGGUAGGCUUUGUUACUUUGGUCCCAGCUCUCUGCAGGUCAUUCACUAGGUCCCCCCGUGUGGUUCUGGGAUUUUUGCUCACCGUUCUUGUGAUCAUUUUGACCCCACAGGGUGAGAUCUUGCGUGGAGCCCCAGAUCGAGGGAGAUUAUCAGUGGUCUUGUAUGUCUUCCAUUUCCUAAUAAUUGCUCCCACAGUUGAUUUCUUCAAACCAAGCUGCUUACCUAUUGCAGAUUCAGUCUUCCCAGCCUGGUGCAGGUCUACAAUUUUGUUUCUGGUGUCCUUUGACAGCUCUUUGGUCUUGGCCAUAGUGGAGUUUGGAGUGUGACUGUUUGAGGUUGUGGACAGGUGUCUUUUAUACUGAUAACAAGUUCAGACAGGUGCCAUUAAUACAGGUAACGAGUGGAGGACAGAGGAGCCUCUUAAAGAAGAAGUUACAGGUCUGUGAGAGCCAGAAAUCUUGCUUGUUUGUAGGUGACCAAAUACUUAUUUUCCACCAUAAUUUGCAAAUAAAUUCAUUAAAAAUCCUACAAUGUGAUUUUUUCUUCUCAAUUUGUCUGUCAUAGUUGACGUGCACCUAUGAUGAAAAUUACAGGCCUCUCUCAUCUUUUUAAGUGGGAGAACUUGCACAAUUGGUGGCUGACUAAAUACUUUUUUCCCCCACUGUAUAUUCCUUUUAAGAAGUCAAGAUUCUUGUGAUAUUUUGUUGAUGGCAGAAAAGAGGUCAGAGGAGAAGGGAAGAGAUGAGGUAGAAGGCAGCGCUGUGGAGAACAUGAUGGACAACGAGAGUGUUAAAGAUCUGGGAGACACCACAGACUUCCUCAACAUGGUGAGUCACCAACUCUGAUCCAAUUCUGUCCUGUACAUUCUGUGGUGCAUUCAUACAAAAGUUCUGAACAAAAAUCUCUUCUUCUUUGUGGCAGACUCAUGUGAUGAAAAUGGACCCCAGUGACAAGAUGUUGACGUUGUCCCCUGUGCAGAAGGUAAGACGCAUACUCAGUAUAACGGUCAACUAAGGAUUUUUCUUAGUAUGAUCAAGCUGCUUCUGCAUACCGACCAGCAGGCUCCUUGCAAAAUUACUCACUAUUAUCAAUAUCAGUGUUCCUGAAUAAGGGACGAUCUGACUGAGGAACUUAGGGCGUACAGUUUAAUUUCUGUCACGCUAGGCAUUCUACUUCCCUGUACCAUUUACAGUGACUAUCCACCAUCUCUCUGUAUGUUUCUUUCAGCAUUGAGUUCCAUUGAGUUCUUCACUCUGUUUUCUCUGUAUGCAUGUUUACUAUUUUCCUCUAACACUUUCAUAUUUUUUUCAUCCUCUGCUUUCUGGCGCUGGUGAUAGAGGAAGGGUAAGCUUGUGAAAGGGUAUGGUAAGGCUGGGGAACAGCCAGAACUCUGUACCCCUAGGAGGGUGGAUCCCAGCCCGCGGCGGGCACUGCCCACAGAGCUGCUGAGGAGCUCCAGUGACAGGUCUCUGGUGGUAGAGAAGAGACCGCGCCACAGGGCUGCCCAGGGCAAAGGCAGUGGCAAGGAGAACCUCAUUAUGGCUCUGGAGGAGAUAAAGCCUGCUGAGCCGAAGGCUGUCCCUGCCCAGCCCUCCAGCAUAGGGGACAUUAGCAAGGCCAAGUCCAAACUCUGUCCGUCUGCACAGAAAAGCCAACCGUUAGCAGUGGAGAGAAAAGUGAAGAAAGUGAGGGAGAGAUUUGUUGUGGAUUCUAAGGCAAUCCAAAUGAAGAGCGCAACCAAAGGUCAAAGUGCAGAGGUCAAAAAUACUCUCUUAGAGGUCAACCCUAUAUCUACAAAGGUGAAAAGUCAACAUGUAGCUGUUAAGAGGACACCAGCUAGAAAGAGUGUCACAAAAUCACAAGGCCUUAAGUUAACUGAUGCGCUGCCUGUGAAAAAUACAACUAAACCAGACGUGGUGUCUGAAGUGCCACAAAAAACUAAGAAUGAAAACACAGAACGAGAAAAGGGCAAACCCAAGACUGAACUGCUUGAACAGACACCGCAGUGCAGCUUACUGACCGGAGUGGCCUCUCUGGUGUCAGGCGUGGGGCUAGUGGCAGCAGCCAGACAGUUGGGUUCUCCCUCAGACAGUGAGUCCGUCCAGAGUCCGAGCAGGGCCCAGAGGUUCAGCAGACAGAGUGCUGAGGACGCCCAGUCUUCCUGGAGCCAGUCGUCUAAAUCCAUGGCCUCUGAACCAGGAGGCAAGAGAACAGCAGUCAGCAUCAACAUCAUCCCCGCUCCAGGGAGCUCUGAUCAGGUGGCGGAGGAGGAGGAAUGCAGGUCCUACUCUGGUCCCCCAGACAACGGAGGACAGGAGGAGAGGGGAGACGAGACAGGGAGCAACGACGAUCAGACACCAGCCAAGCAGGAGGAAGAGAGUGAGGAUGAUGACACAGUGAAGGUGGAGGAGGAUGGAGGGAUCUCUGAAUUAGAGGAGGAGAGCGAGGGAGGAGAUGAGCAAUGUGAGACUGAAACAGAUCGGGGAGAAGAGAGGGAGUUAGAGGAUGCAGAGAAAGAGGAGAGUGGACUGGAGGAAGAGGAGGGUGACAGGAUGAGUAGCCCGGUGGGAGGAGAGGGAGAGAGUGUGGGAGAGGAGGAAGAAGAGGGGGAGGGAGAGAGCAAGGCGAGUGAGGUAGAGGAGGAGGAAGAGGGUGGGGAAGUAUCGCAGAGUGACACUGAGAGCAAGAGUAAGGAAUCUGAUUAUGAAGAGGAGGAGGAAGAAAGUGAGGAAGAGGAUGAGAGUGUAGGAUCUGUAGAGGAAUCUGCAGAUGAGGAAUAUGAGACUGAGGCAGACAGUGGAACAAAAGCAGAGGAAGAGGAUGAGAGCAGUACUGCAGAGGACGAGAAAGAAGAGGAUAAGAGUGAGGAGGAGGAGGCUGAAGAAGAAGCCGGAGAGGAGGAGGAGAGUGAAGAUGAGGAAGAAGCUGAGGAGGAGAGUGAAAAUAAGGAAGAAGCUGAGGAGGAGAGUGAAGAUGAGGAAGAAGCUGAGGAGGAGAGUGAAGAUGAGGAAGAAGCUGGAAAGGAGGAGAAGAGUGAAGAUGAGGAAGAAGGAGAGAAGGAGGAGAGUGAAGGAGAGGAGGAGAGUGAAGAUGAGGAAGAAGCUGAGGAGGAGAGUGAAAAUAAGGAAGAAGCUGAGGAGGAGAGUGAAGAUGAGGAAGAAGCUGAGGAGGAGAGUGAAGAUGAGGAAGAAGCUGGAAAGGAGGAGAAGAGUGAAGAUGAGGAAGAAGGAGAGAAGGAGGAGAGUGAAGGAGAGGAGGAGAGUGAAGAUGAGGAAGAAGCUGAGGAGGAGAGUGAAGAUAAGGAAGAAGCUGAGGAGGAGAGUGAAGAUGAGGAAGAAGCUAGAAAGGAGGAGGAGAGUGAAAGUGAGGAAGAAAAAGAGGAGGAGGAGGAGAGUGAAGAUGAGGAAGAAGAAGAAGCUGGAGAGGAGGGUGAAGAUGAGGCAGAGGAGGAGGAGGAAGAAGAGGAGGAGGUGGUUGACAAAAAGAAAGCAAAGAAAGACAGGGAGAGUCAUCAGAAUGUUGCAGCCAGAGGUAACGGGUCCAAACAGAGGUCAGGGAAAGGGGAAGAGUUCUGGGACAAUGUUUUACCUCAGUACCUCAAUCUCAAAUGAUAGCCCUAUCUGUUCUGUUCUGUUCCAAACCAGUGCGGUCUGUCAUCUUCUCUCAACAACACUCUUCAUUGAGCAUUUUAAUGCCUUUUUACAACCCAUAGUGUUUUGUGUACUUUAGAUUGUUCUAUCUUUACUGUCUAUCACUGUUUUUAUUCAUGUAUAUCAACUGCAUGUCAACAGCAUUGUCUGUCAAACUCCUUGUAUAGACCUUUACCAUGUUACAGGGCAGCUAAGAAUUUAUGCCUAAAUGCUUUUUUGAACCCCCUUUUCAACUUUGUUCUUCUGUAAAGACAAUUUACCAGUACUAGCUACUAUUUUCCAGGUAUGCUCUCCAACGAUUUUGUACAACUUUUUUCUUUAUCAUGACUUAUUAUAUAUAAUGAAUAUUACAGAAUUGUUUUAUUUAUGUUUAAAUAAAUAUUUGUUGUGCUAAAACUCUAUCAAAAUCAGUGUCAAGAACUAGUCCCAUCACGUACGGUCCAUAUCAUAUCAUUUGUGUUGAACACAUUCUCUACACAUGAAUACAUAGUGCUGUUUGCAUUAAACUGUUCCAGUGGCAGGUGGGAUCCAUUUUCUUCCUUUAACCAUGUCUGUAAUCCCUUAGCUCCCUGUUGUGACUCCCCCAUCCAUAUCCAAUGUGAAGCAACCACCUCUAGUCUUCCUCUAGUCUCUUUUAGUGCUGACUUCCUCAACAGUGUGUGUGUGUGUGCCUGUGUAGUUUCUCCCCUGUGACUAAGUUGUAUGUUACCUAUUUUACUAUCGCUUGUUUUAACCAGUCUGCUCCACUCAUUCCCAUCCCUUUUUGCAGGAUUCACGAGCUAAAGAGGAGGAAGAACAUGAAGAGGAAGAUGAUGAGGAAGAUGAGGAGGAAGAUGAUGAGGAGAACAAAGCAGAGGAGAUAGAGAAAUCUCAGGACACGGAGGGACAAUCGGUACAGGGUCAGAGCCAGUUCACAGCAGAACCCCUCCAGGUACGCUACCCUACAGAUUACCCUAAUCUACAGAUUUAGGACCUGUAUGUUUGUUAACUUCUAAGACAGAAUUCCCUCUUCCUAGGGACCAGAGGGUGUGAAAGAAGAAACUCUCCCAGACGGUGUGCAGAAAGGUGAGCAUAAAAGAGAUGUUCUGAAAUGUCUGACAAACAGGUGACCUUUGUCUUCAACUGUUUAUGUGGUUAAUGCUUUACUGUCUCUGUGCUGUGGGUGGAUGGAUUAUCAUGAAGUAUCUGUCUGUUGUGUCCAGUUACAGAGGACUCAGGUCAGCCCAGUCCUUUGGCUCCGACAGAGGAGAUCUCUGCAUCCAGCACUCAGCCGCAGAAUCGAACAACCGAGGAGAAAUCCAAGCGCCAACCAGGGACCAACAGAAAGGUAUAACAGAAAGCCAUUGGAACAAAGAAGUAGAAGUUAAAGAACAGAAAAGCACUUCAUAAAGCUCUGUGAACGUCAGUGAUUGAGUAGGUCAGAUCUCACUGUGUUCUCUCCUCUCUACUGCCCUCAGCUGUCGCUGUUCAAACGCCUGUCCUCCUCCAAAGCCAAGCAGGCUGAGGAGAGUGUGGAAGCACCAGCAGAGGGCACCGGCGUGGGGGAGCUACCUGCCAGUGCCAAGGGUCCCUCUGCAGGACUGAAGAGCAGAGACCCAUCAGAGACCAGCGCUAGUGGUGCCCAGCCCCCUCUGAGAGCCCCCUUGCACCCAGGUGGUAGAGGUGCACGCUCUACCACCUGCACCCUACUGUGA